ACAGAAAUUCGUGAGCCUCCAAAGGCGUGAGCACGUCGAUCGUGAUUAAAGCAUCAUGUAUUUUUAAAAUUCGUCUAUCUACUAGUGACGUGGCGUUAUUUGUUGUUGAUUGAUUUUUCUUUCUGUCAAUUCUAUUGAUUUAUCUACCCACCAUGGACAGUAGUUUACGAAAUUGCUUGAAGUUGCUCCACGAGAACGACAGUGAAAUUAAGAAGAAUGCAUUACAUGUACUGUGGGAACUAUGUGAAAAUAUUAUUAAACAUCCACAGGAGCCAAAGUAUCGGAGGAUCAGAGUUGCUAAUCCAGUCAUUGCUGAAAAAUUACUUCCGGCUAGUGGAGCUGUUGAAUGCCUUUUCGAAAUUGGAUUUCAGGAAGAUGGAGAAUUUUUCUCACUGCCAACCGACAGUCCACUGCCCCGAAUACGUGAGAUUCAGCGUCUCUUGACGGAUAUCCAAGCGAAGAAGCCAAUAUCUUCACCACCCCCACCAACUUCUGGAAAAUCGACAGGAGCAAGGCCAAAGGAUCCACCAAAACCAAAUUUCCUGCAGCAAAUCGAAAGAAAGUUCGACAAUGUCCUGACAUACGAAGAUCAAGACCUCCAGGAAAUGACUCGUCACAUGGUGCCUAUCACAGAUCUCAAAUUGCGGGCAAUGGAGCGGAUGAGAGCACUCCAAAGGGAUCUGAAACAAAGGGAGGAGAGCGAGGGUGCGAGAGAACUGGAAAAGGAGAAAACUGGAAUUGAAAAUGACGUGGGAAUAGAGGAUCUUCUGCUGGGAGAGCUUCUCGCAUGGUUCAAGAAUGAUUUUUUCUCAUGGGUCAAUACACUCAAGUGCAGCUUCUGCUCGGCUACCUGCAAGUUCAAUAGAACUGAAUACAAACGUGAUCCAAGAGUUUCAAGAAUUGAAAUUCACAAGUGUGAAUUGUGUGACACUGAGGAGGAGUUUCCCAGGUAUACUGAUCCCAAAAUUUUAAUGACCACGAGAAAGGGACGAUGUGGAGAGUGGGCCAAUGUCUUCACUCUCGUCUGCAGAGCGUUGUCUUAUGAUGCUAGAAUUGUUCAUGAUGAGACUGAUCAUGUGUGGACGGAGGUCUGGUCGAUAGCUGGCAACAGAUGGGUGCACGCUGAUCCCUGUGAAAAUACUAUGGACCGACCCCUCCUCUAUGAGAAAGGAUGGAAAAAGAAAUUAUCCUACGUAAUUGCCUAUUCCAGGGACGAAAUUCAGGACGUGACGUGGCGUUACACUAGGGACCAGCCUUCUGUGAUGAAACGCAGAAACUUAUGCACUGAGGAAAAUCUUGCUGAACUCAUUUGGCGUCUCAAUGAGGAACGACAGAGUUCUCCGGGUUACAGUCAAGUUAGGAAGAAAUACGUUGUUAAUAGAAGGCUCAUGGAGUUAGCUGAAUUUCUCAGGCUCCCUGGCCAGCCUGACAACGAUGGUAAUGAGUAUGGGGGGAGAAUUUCUGGGGAUGCUGCCUGGAGAGCUUCUAGGGGAGAAACAUCGGACGAGAAUAAAUCCCAUAUAUGGAAAGUCCCCGAAGGCAUUGACAGCUACCUCCUCCGCCUCUACCUCGUGAAAGACCAUUACGAAAUCCAAGACGAGGAGGGUAAACUAUUCGAGAAGUUGGAGGGUUGGCGAGAGGGAACAGCAAAAACCAAAGGAGUCUUCAGGAACGUAGAGAACGAUUGGCAGAUGGUCUACGUCUCCAGAAGUCCAGGUGUCUACCUGGGCAGCAUCACGUGGAGUUUCGAAUUAUGUGAUAAAACCGAAAAAGUUCAAAUAAAAACCUUCAAGAUAUCAUCGACAACGGCGACGUUUCAAGGUGCCUCAAUAAGAUGGAAAAUUCAGGGAAUAACACAACAAAAUAAAUCAAUCAUACUAACACUCGAUAACUCCAAACCCAUGAGCACAAGUGUAUUCAAAGAUGCCAAGGUGAUAAACGUCACUGCUGAAUUAUCUGGGGGUAGUGGAGAAGUUGCAUGGCAGCACGCACAAUUAUUUCGUCACAGUCUGGACGACGUUGACGAAUGUUCCUUAUCAAUAUCGUUGGAGUUAUCCUAGAAUUAAAUUCGUCACAAGGCAAGAACCUUCGUUAUCAAUCUAAGAUCAUAUUCAUAUGAAAAUCUACCAGCUAAACCCACGUACAUCGGUUUUAUUGUUUUAUUAUUUAUGUCAUUUGUGCAGUGGUAUGCACACGUGUAAAAUAAAAAGAAAGUGAUUAUUUAUGUA